GCCAUUUUGCGCUGGAGAGACUGAGAAGAAUUUCGGAAUUUGUCGUGUAAAUUUUCUGUUUUUUCUUACAUCAUUUUAUCAUAAACUGUACCAUUCCGUGUAUUUUAAAGUGUUAAGUGAAAUCGUGUUGUCCGAUCGGUAAAAUAAGUUCUAUAAAGUCGCGAAAAUCUGGUGAUAUUGUUUUCAUUUAUUGUGCUAGUUCCGACGGAAGAUGGUGAGAGGGUCUGUGUAGCUCUUCGUUCGAUUCGGAGCUUUGUAAUGGCGAAUACUUGAGUGAGAAAUUCUAAUAUGUGCCUUCAACGGUGCGAAGGACAUCGAACGAUCGGGAUGUGGGUGAAUUACAUUAUGAUGGAUGACAAAUCGCUAUAAAAUGUUAUUUCUUGAAGAAAUAAGACAUAAAAGUGUUAUUUGAAUCGGCGGGCCGAAAUAUUCACGACGGCUUACGUUUAGUAAACAGAGCCAUGGCCGAUCAUCAUGUGGACGAGCCGCCUAAUAAGCGGGCUAAGAUGAUCCGGGACCCGUUCCAGGGUCCCUCGGACUCCGCGGCCGAGGGAUUCUCAGAACUCGACAUGUUCAGCCUCGAAAAGGACCUUCCUGAUGAGUUGAUGGUAGGUGGCUGGGGUGAGCAGACGGGUGUCACGGGCCCUAAGCCUCCAGCUCAGGGGCCAGGGCCUGGAGGACAAAUGGGACAAAUGUCCCAACAACAGCAGCUCAAUGGGGACGACCCAACUGCUGCUAUGCAAAGACAAAUCAAUAAUCACCUUAUACAACAAGUCUUUUCACAGGGCAAGGGCUUAGUAAGCCACAACAAUCCGUUAGGAUUGGGUAGUUUAGGAAGUAAGAGUCCAUUACAGUCUCCUCCCAAUGUUUCUGUACCCAAGGACCUUAUGAGUGGAAUGCACACACAACUAAUGCCAAAUACAAGUCAUCCAAAUCAACUACACUCGACUAUGCCAAUGAGCUCUAUUCAAGGAGGAAUGAAUGUUGCAAAUGUAGGUGGCAAUAUGAUAGUGACAAAUAGUAAUAUGGCUGGCGCUAAUAUGCUGAGCAGCGGACUCAUCAACAACGUGAACAAGUUGCCCACCCUCAUGGGGAACAACCACCAUCCCACGCAGCAACAUCAUCCACACGCACAGCCAAUGCAAAACGGCCCUAUGGGUGGGCGAGUGGGCGGCGUGGGCAUGCAAGCACCGCCGAUGCGGACGACGUUGCAGCACCACCCACGCAUGGCGGCGCCCGGCGGCGGCGGCCAUCCAAUGGCGCCGUAUCACCCUUCGUACGGGCAGUCGCCACAAGGCCCAGCCGUGCCGCCCGCGCAACGGCCGCCUGGCGUGCGCUUCGGGCCGCCGGGUGACGCGGGCGGCGGCGGCGCGGCCCAGGCCGUGCCCCCCGCGCCAUCCCCGCAGACUCCCGGCGCGCCGGCCGGUGGUCAGUCGCAGCCUCAGGCGGCCACACAGGCCGCUGGCGCCGCACCUCCCGCGCAACCCUCUGCCUCCGGCUCUAUCGCCGACCCCGAGAAGCGCAAGCUCAUCCAGCAGCAGCUCGUAUUGUUACUCCACGCACACAAGUGUCAGCGCCGCGAGUCGCAGGCCAAUGGUGAAACCUGGCACUGCACGCUGCCGCACUGCAAAACCAUGAAAGGAGUCCUUAACCAUAUGAUGUCGUGUCAAGCCGGCAAAAACUGUGGGGUGCCCCAUUGUUCGUCGUCGAGACAAAUAAUUAACCACUGGAAGCACUGUAACAAAAAUGACUGUCCCGUAUGCUUGCCUCUCAAACAGGCGGACCGGACUAGAGCUAAUAAUAUGAACGCGGCAGCUGUGUCGCACGCGACGACGGGCGUGGGAUCUGGGCCGGGUGUGGCAGGGGGUCCGGGCGCGGCCAUGGCGGGCGUCAACCCGUUAGCGCCCGUUGCUCCUGCGCCCCCCGUCUCCGCACCCCCAGCGUCAGUCGCCAGCACGCAAGGAGCCGAUAUGAAGCGGGCGUACGAGGCGCUGGGCAUCGCGUGUCCGACGUCCGUGUCCAGCAUGGGCGGCGUGGGCGUGGGGCCGGGCGUGGGCUUCCCGCGUACGCCACUCACGCGCAUGGGCGUACCGCGCCCGCCCGGCCUCACCGACGUGGUGCCGCAACAGCAGACCAUGCAACAGCAGCUUUUCCAACAGUCGCAACCUGACUUGCAACAACAGCAGCCUCAACUGAUGGGUACCGGUACACUGCAGCUGCCUGGUGGCCCCGUGACGGCAAACCCUGUCUCCGGGACGAAGGAAUGGCACCAGUCUAUAACAGCCGAUCUCAGAAACCACCUUGUUCAUAAACUGGUGCAAGCAAUCUUUCCGACCCCGGACCCCACAGCUAUGCUGGACAAGAGAAUGCACAACCUAGUCGCGUACGCGAGAAAAGUAGAAGGCGAUAUGUACGAAAUGGCGAGCACACGCUCAGAGUACUAUCACUUGCUCGCCGAAAAGAUAUAUAAAAUACAAAAAGAGCUCGAAGAAAAGCGCCAAAAGCGAAAGGAGCAGCAGAUGCAAGCGCAGCAACAGGCUCAACAGCAGGGACAGCUUCAACCGGGUGUAAUGGGCGGGGUGGGGAACGUGAAUGCCGUGGGAGGGGUGAUGGGCGUGCGCGCGCCGCAACCGCAUCCGCGCGCGCAGCUGCCGCAACAGCCAACGUUGACCGCCAUGCGCAUCCCUUCUCCCGGCAUGGCGCUGCCCAUGUCCGGCAGCCGCAUGGCCUUCCAGCCCGGCCUGGUGGGCCCGCCCGGACCCAGCCCAAAUCAGCUGCCGCAAACGCCCAAUGGCGGCGUGGGCCAGCCGGGCAUGUCGCCGUUCGGCCAGCCGAUGACGUCGCCGGCGCCGCAGUACCCGGCGCUGCAGAGCAACGGGCCGGCGCCGCUGGCGUCGCCGAGCCACCAGGGCGAGGUGAAAGCACGACUGAGCGGCGGGCCGGUGAGCUCGCCUUUCAUGAACCACGCGUUCCGCGCCGAGCCGGCCGCGCCGUCGCCCAACACCAGCCUGGGCUCGGCCGGCGCGCUGCCCGGUACGCCCUGCACGCCGGCGCUGCAGCCGUCGCCGGCACCCGAGCGGCCACUGUCGCGCGCGCCGCCGCCACUGCCGCCGCCGCCCGACUCGCCGCGUGACGAAGUUCGCAUCAAGCAGGAGCCCGACGACUCGGUCGUUAAGGACGAACCCGACGACCCCGACGUGGGCGGCAAAGGCAUGCGCGACGAGCGCCCCUCCGACGACAUCAAACCUGAUUUUUCCGUCAAGACCGAAAUUAAGCAAGAAAUCAAGGAAGAGCCCCCGGGCACGCCUGCCGUCGCCGAACCCGGCUCCACCGACCGUGGCCCCAAAAAAGCCUUCGCCUUCAAGCCGGAGGCACUGCGAGAGGCGCUCAUGCCCACACUAGAGAAACUCUUCCGCCAGGACCCGGAAUCGCUUCCCUUCCGCCAGCCCGUAGACGCACAGGCGUUAGGCAUCCCUGACUAUUUCGACAUCGUCACCAAACCCAUCGACUUGUCCACCAUCAAAUCCAAGCUGGACUGCGGCGAGUACAAGGACCCCUGGGAAUAUGUGGACGACGUGUGGCUCAUGUUCGAGAACGCCUGGCUUUACAAUCGGAAGAAUUCCAGGGUCUACAGAUAUUGUACUAAGCUAUCCGAAGUGUUUGAGCAAGAGAUUGACCCGGUGAUGCAACGACUGGGCUACUGCUGCGGGCGCAAGUACACCUUCAACCCGCAAGUGCUCUGCUGCUACGGAAAACAACUUUGCACCAUCCCCAGAGACGCCAAGUACUUCAGUUACCAGAACAGUCUAAAAGCGUAUGGGGUUGUGUCCGAUAGAUACACCUUCUGCCAGAAAUGCUUCAACGACAUCCAGGGCGACACUGUCACGCUCGGCGAUGACCCGCUGCAGUCUCAGACUGCUAUCAAAAAGGAUCAAUUUAAAGAAAUGAAGAACGACCACUUAGAACAAGAACCAUUUGUAGUAUGCAUGGAUUGCGGACGGAAGCAGCAUCAAAUCUGCGUACUCCACCAUGACCAAAUAUGGCCGCAGGGCUUCUGUUGUGAAAAUUGUUUGAAGCAAAAGGCAGCCAAACGAAAAGAGAACAAGUUUAGCGCAAAGAAACUUCCUACCUCAAAGCUUGGCAUUUAUAUCGAGACGCGAGUUAAUAAUUUCCUCAAGAAGAAAGAGGCUGGUGCUGGUGAAGUGCAUAUCAGGGUGGUCGCGUCCUCAGAUAAGAUGGUAGAAGUAAAACCGGGAAUGAGAUCUCGGUUUGUGGAGUCUGGGGAACUAUGUGCUGAGUUCCCGUAUCGCGCCAAAGCGCUGUUUGCAUUUGAGGAAAUCGACGGAACGGAUAUUUGUUUCUUUGGCAUGCAUGUGCAGGAAUAUGGCAGCGAAAGCCCAUCACCAAACACAAGACGAGUAUACAUAGCAUAUCUAGAUUCAGUACAUUUCUUCCAACCACGGCAGUACCGGACUGCCGUUUACCACGAGAUUCUCCUAGGCUAUUUAGACUAUGCCAAGCAGCUUGGCUACACGAUGGCUCAUAUUUGGGCUUGUCCUCCUUCAGAAGGCGACGACUACAUAUUCCACUGCCACCCUCCCGAACAAAAAAUCCCUAAACCUAAAAGACUACAGGAGUGGUAUAAGAAAAUGUUAGACAAGGGUAUAAUAGAAAGGAUAAUUUUAGACUACAAGGAUAUUCUUAAGCAAGCAAUGGAGGAUAACAUCUCUUCGGCGGCUGAGCUGCCGUACUUUGAGGGAGAUUUCUGGCCCAAUGUACUCGAGGAAUCCAUCAAAGAGCUGGACCAAGAGGAAGAGGAGAAGAGAAAACAGGCUGAAGCCGCAGAGGCAGUGAUAUUCCAGUCGUCGGAGGAGAACGAGCAAGGCCCUGACGGUAAAAAGAAAGGUCAGAAGAAGGCGAAGAAGUCGAACAAGUCGAAGGCCGCUCAGCGUAAGAAUAGCAAGAAGCAAAGCGACCAGCAGCAGGGUAGUGAUCUCAGUGCAAAGAUAUUCGCCACCAUGGAGAAACACAAGGAAGUAUUCUUUGUGAUCAGGCUACAUUCCGCGCAGUCCGCUGCCAGCUUAGCACCUAUCCAGGACCCGGAUCCGCUAGUAAACUGCGAUCUCAUGGACGGCCGCGACGCCUUCCUAACAAUGGCGCGCGACCGUCACUACGAGUUCUCGUCGACACGACGCGCUCGAUUCUCGACCCUCUGCAUGCUGUACGAGCUCCACAACCAGGGACAAGACAAAUUCGUGUACACAUGCAACACCUGCAAGUCGCAUGUGGAGACGCGUUACCACUGCACCGUGUGCGACGAUUUCGACCUGUGCGUGCCUUGCCACGAGAAAGAAGGCCACCCACACAAGAUGGAGAAGCUGGGACUGGACCUGGACGUGGGUUCGUCACCGGGAGACAUGAAGCAGGCCAACCCUCAAGAGGCUCGCAAACAGUCCAUCCAGCGCUGCAUCCAGUCGCUGGUACACGCGUGCCAAUGCCGCGACGCCAACUGCCGCCUGCCCUCGUGCCAGAAGAUGAAGCGUGUGGUACAACACACCAAGAUCUGCAAGCGCAAGACCAAGGGCGAUUGCCCCAUCUGCAAGCAGCUGAUUGCACUGUGCUGCUACCAUGCAAAGCAUUGCCAAGAAACAAAGUGCUCAGUGCCGUUCUGCAGCAGCAUCAAGCAGAAGUUAAAGCAGCAGCAAGUGCAGCAGCGAGUGCAGCAGCAACAGUUGCUGCGCCGGCGAAUGGCCGCCAUGAACACGCGCGGCGCGGCGCCCGGUGCCUCUUCGCCGCCCGCGCCGCAGCUAGCCAGCCCGCCGCCUUCCAAGCCGCAAGCCCACGCGCUACCUCACAACGUGCAGAAGGCGCUGCAACAGGUGCAGGAAGAAGCGACCAGCUCACCAAGUUCGUGGAGCAGUUGUAGUGUACAUAGCCGAGGGGUGGCGCGUCGCCUUGUAACAUAUAAGCUAAGCUGUCGCGACCGUCGCCCGCUAUCCCUCGUCCGAUCCUUAUUUAUUGAAGAUGAAGUGUAGCGAGGGCCGUUAAUGAUUGAGUAUUACGAAUCGAGCGCUCAAUGUACAAAAUGUAAAUAUGAGAGGAGUGCGUUCUGUCCGCUUCUGCGUAGCGUAAGUUGUUCGUAGUGUAGGUACAUUAUGAUACUUAUUCUGUUUAUUGUAAUUAAAUCAUUUUAUAAUAUA